CAGUGAGAACAGACUAGCGCUACGCCGCCAGACCAUUCUGCGGGAGAAGGGGAGGAGGCAGGCCAGUCGAGGGCCAGCCUACAUGUUUAAUGACCACUCAACGAGCCUGUCUCUGGAGGAGGAGCGCUUUUUGGAUGCAGCCGAGUACGGAAACAUUCCAGUGAUUCGCAAAAUGCUGGAAGAAUGUCCCUCGCUCAAUGUGAACUGUGUGGACUAUAUGGGGCAGAACGCCUUGCAGCUGGCAGUCGCCAACGAGCACCUGGAGAUCACAGAACUGCUGUUGAAGAAAGAGAACCUGUCUCGGGUUGGGGAUGCCUUGCUUCUGGCAAUUAGCAAAGGUUACGUGCGGAUAGUGGAAGCCAUCCUGAACCACCCAGCAUUUGCUGAAGGCAAGAGGCUUGCGUUGAGUCCUAGCCAGUCGGAGCUCCAGCAUGAUGACUUUUAUGCAUACGAUGAAGAUGGCACACGGUUUUCCCAUGAUGUUACACCCAUCAUUCUGGCUGCUCAUUGCCAUGAGUAUGAGAUUGUCCACACCCUCCUGAGAAAAGGAGCUCGGAUUGAUAGGCCACAUGACUAUUUCUGCAAGUGCAGUGAAUGCAAUCAGAAACAAAAGCAUGACUCUUUCAGCCAUUCUAGAUCCAGAAUCAAUGCCUACAAAGGUCUGGCCAGUCCUGCUUAUCUAUCGCUGUCCAGCGAAGACCCUGUAAUGACUGCCUUAGAGCUCAGCAAUGAGCUGGCUGUACUUGCCAACAUUGAAAAAGAAUUUAAGUUGGGGAGGAUAAUGCGUGGACCGUUUAUGAAAUUUGUAGCCCAUGCAGCCUCUUUCACCAUUUUUCUCGGUCUGCUUGUCAUGAAUGCAGCUGACAGAUUUGAUGGCACCAAACUCCGACCUAAUGAAACAACAGGCAAUGUAAAGCAGCUAUUUAGGAUGAAAACAUCCUGUUUCUCAUGGAUGGAGAUGCUCAUUAUUUCUUGGGUAGUAGGAAUGAUAUGGUCUGAAUGUAAAGAAAUUUGGUCUCAAGGUCCAAAGGAAUACCUUUUUGAGUUAUGGAAUAUGCUUGAUUUUGGUAUGUUAGCAAUUUUUGCAGCAUCAUUCAUAGCAAGGUUUAUGGCAUUUUGGCAUGCGUCCAGAGCCCAGAACUUCGUUGAUGCAAAUAUGAAAGAUCUGACAAGUCCAACACUGGAACCCAACAUAAAAUACUACACUUUGGCCAGAAUAAACUGGGAUCCAUCUGAUCCUCAGAUUAUAUCUGAAGGCCUGUAUGCAAUUGCAGUAGUAUUAAGCUUCUCCAGAAUUGCCUACAUCCUACCAGCUAAUGAAAGCUUUGGACCACUGCAGAUAUCACUUGGCAGAACUGUGAAAGACAUCUUCAAGUUUAUGGUGAUAUUUAUCAUGGUGUUUGUGGCUUUCAUGAUAGGCAUGUUUAAUCUCUAUUCCUACUAUCUGGGUGCAAAACAAAAUGAAGCAUUCACAACUGUUGAAGAAAGUUUCAAGACCUUGUUCUGGGCUAUCUUUGGACUCUCAGAAGUUAAAUCAGUGGUCAUCAAUUAUAAACACAAAUUUAUUGAAAAUAUUGGUUAUGUCCUUUAUGGAGUCUAUAAUGUUACCAUGGUCAUUGUCUUAUUGAACAUGCUUAUUGCAAUGAUCAACAGUUCAUUCCAGGAAAUAGAGGAUGAUGCUGAUGUAGAAUGGAAAUUUGCAAGGGCUAAACUUUGGUUUUCUUACUUUGAAGAAGGGAGAACUCUUCCAGUACCCUUCAACUUAGUGCCAAGCCCAAAAUCUUUGCUGUAUCUCCUACUCAGAAUCAAAAAAUGUAUUUUUAAACCAUUUCUGUGCCAAAAGAAAAGCUUCCAGGAGGAUGCAGAGAUGAACAAGCUUGGUCAAAGGAAGCAAUCAAGUAUAAGAAGCUCAGAUGAAAUCCACUUAAACAGUUUAAACAAUCCUCCAAGGCAAUACCAGAAAAUAAUGAAGCGCCUCAUUAAAAGAUAUGUACUGAAAGCUCAGAUAGAUAAGGAAAGUGAUGAAGUCAAUGAAGGUGAGCUGAAGGAAAUUAAACAGGACAUCUCAAGUCUCCGGUAUGAACUCCUUGAGGAAAAAUCUCAAAAUUCUGAAGAUCUUGCAGAACUUAUAAGGAAACUUGGGGAAAAACUGUCAAUUGAUACUAAGGAAGAAGAAAGCAAGAGAUAACCUAAUGUUUAAGAAAUGCCAUAGAUUGUUAACAACCCACUUAAAGCCAUACUUCUGUUUUUCUUAAGUCUAGCUCACAUUUCUACAGCAGAUCCAGAAAUUAAAUCAUUCCAGUUCUUUACUGAUAAUCCACAGUGGCACAGCCUCUGAGUCUGCAGACAGAAGGAGACACCACCUGAGUAAGAACACUUAUUUAUUCUUUACCUGCUGAAGACGAGUUAAUCUGAGAUAACUUUAAUAUUCAAUUUACCUCUUUCAGAAUUCCAGUGGAAGCUUGAUAAGCCCAUUCAUGUAAGGUGAAAGGCAGAAAUCUAACAUUUUCUUAUAUUAACUGGUUAUUUUUGAAAAUUUCCUUUUGUAGACAGUGUUACAUAUAUUUUAGUGAAGCAAGAGAAAAAUCCCAGGCUCUCAUGUAUUUAUAUCAAAAGCCAUUCAACUUUACAAGCCCUCCCAACUAACAACUCCUCCCUCCCCCCCCAAAAAAAAACCACAACAAACGCCCCCCAGCACAUAAAAAACCCCCAAACAACCAACAAAAACCAGCUAGUUAACUGCCUUUCUUUAAAAUGUGCAGGAUAUUUAUUUGAAUGUUUCCUUUGAAGAGGGAAGACAUCAGAAUACUUGGAGCUAUGUGUUACAGUUUUCUCUGCUUGACUCACUGAACUAUCCUAAAAGCUACCUGGGUUCCAACAGGAGUUUGUGAGUUAGCUCAUUAAGGAAGAAAUAUUUUUCACCAAGUUUAUUGGAAAGCAAUUGCUGAGGCCUGAAGAAGACAUCCUUAAUCCAAAAUAUUUAAUCCUUGCAUUUUUAAUCUGUUCCAGAGUUCCCAAAUUCUCCAGAUUUUGUGUUUCGAACUAAACUCCCAAACUGCAGGGUGGAGGUCUGAGUGCAAAGCCAGUAAUGUGGUUUGUAAUGUGGAAGAGACUAAAAAGUCAGGUACAAGCUAUUUCAGAUUUAAACCUGUUUAAAGCAUUAAAUUUUGUUCAGACCUCUCCUUAGAAAACAAACCCAUGUUGUUCAAAAAUUCACAAAACCUGACUGUCUAAGGAUUUAUAUCUCAUGUCCUUUUUUUCCCACUGGAGAAAGCUUGGCUCUUGUGCUGUAUUCCCUGGGACUCCUCCAAUGAGAAAUCUUCAAUCCAUGUCAUCAGCAGAAGCUUCCAGUGUUUCCACGUUGCCAACCACAAUAAUACUUCUUAUGUCUUCUUGUUUUAAACUGGACAAGUGUCCAUGUUUGGCUGACAGUUGUGUUACUGGUCAUGUAAUGUAUCUGUGCAGGAGUCUCUGAAUCACAGGAUCACAGAAUGCCAGGGGCUGGAAAGGACCUCAAAAGAUUAUCCAGUCCAACCCCACCUGCCAGAGCAGGAUCACCUAUAGCAGAUCACACAGGAACACACUCAGGCAGGUUUUGAAUAUCUCCAGAGAGAGAGACUCCAUAACCCACCUG